GGAAGCUUCUCCCAGCCAAAAAUAAUCGUCCUGUAAUUAGCAGAAAACAUUUCCAAUGGAGGGAAUAAUUUUCGUCUUCGCUAUAUGUUUCACAGCAAGUGUACUUCCACGCCAGGGCUAUAGCUUUAAUCUGGAUCUGACAAAUUACACAGAGCUUUCAGGACCAGAAGGGAGUUACUUUGGCUUUUCUGUGGACUUUUUUCAAGCAAGGAACCAAGCAGUAAGUGUUAUAGUAGGUGCUCCAAGAGAUGAUGUAGGACCUUCACGUGGCGGAUCUGUCUUCCUCUGUCCCUGGAAUUCUACAGAACGUCUUGAAUGUCAAAAAAUGAACUUCGACCAAACAGGUGACGUAAACAUCACGUAUAACAAUAUGCUCUUAAUGACCUAUAAAGCUAACCAGUGGUUCGGAGCCAUGGUACGAACCCACAACAACUUUGUCCUGGCUUGUGCUCCAUUAUUCCACUGGAAUGUGGUUGGGGAAAAUGAUGAAGCCAUGAACACACCAGUGGGAAACUGUCAGCUACUGAACAUGCUAACUGGAGAGAUAGCAAACUAUUCCCCCUGUAGGGGAACUGAAGUGGAGAAUAAUUACAUAAAGAGAAAAAGCUUUAACGACAGACGCUACUGUGAAGCAGGGUUUAGCUCGGACAUCACAGAGGAUGGUACAGUGAUUCUUGGUGCUCCUGGAGGAUUUUUCUUCCUAGGCCAGAUCAUUACUGCAUCUCUUCAAAACAUCAUGUCCAGUGGUAGGACGUUCACUCCAAUUCACGACGUAAAUGACGAGCGUGCAUCAUAUGAAUCCCAAAAGCAGUAUGACAUUUAUCUGGGCUAUUCAGUGGCAGUAGGUCAUUUCUCUGCUGACACCAUCGCAGACUAUGUAGUCAGCGCCCCACUUGACCGAAACUCAGCAGGUUCUGUCAAAAUCUAUGACGGAGCUUCUGCACGUAUAUUCGUCUUCAGACCCGUUACGACUCUAAUGGGCUCACAAGUAGCUUCCUAUUUUGGCCACUGUGUUGCUGUGACCGAUGUAAACAAUGAUGGGAGGGAUGAUAUCCUGGUAGGUGCUCCUCUCUUUAUGGAGCACUUGUCCACUCAUAAGCUGCGUGAGGUCGGCCAGGUGUAUGUAUACCUGCAGAAGGAAGGUUAUCACUUCUCCCAAAAGCCUGAUCAGACUUUAUCAAGCUCACACAGUUACGGACGCUUUGGCAUCACCAUCGCUCCUUUGGGAGACAUUAAUUAUGAUGGCUUUAAUGAUGUGGCUGUGGGGGCACCAGGAGCAGGUGAUGGUGGUAUGGUGUUCAUCUAUCUGGGACAGAAUGAUGGUUUGAACCCACAGUAUGGGCAAGUCAUCAAGAGCCCUUUCCAGUCUCUUGCACCAGCUUUCGGUUUUAGCCUAAGAGGAGGCACAGACAUUGACAACAACGGAUAUCCAGAUGUCAUUGUUGGUGCAUGGGGAGCAGAUAAAGUGGCGAUAUACAGGUCAAAAGCAGUAGUGAUGACUAAAGCCCAGCUUUCCUUCCUCCCUGAUUUCCUACAGCCUGAUGUAAAAUUCUGUCAGCUGCAAGGCAAUCCUGUCUCCUGCUUUAAUAUCAUGAUGUGCAUUAGGGUCUCUGGGUACAGAAUACCAGAAGAAAUUGUGUUGAAUAUUGAGCUCCAGCUGGACAAACUGAAGUCAAAUGUGGCAAGACGGACCCUCCUGUUGGACUCUCAUCAGCCAUACAGCCACUUUCAGAUCACCAUUAAGAGAGAGAUGGGAACAUAUUGUAAAAACUUUACUGCAUACCUAGUGCCAGAGUUCAAGGACAAGCUGAGCCCUAUCUUUAUCUCAUUGAGCUACAGCCUGGUGAACACCCAUGAAGCAAUACUACAAGGACAAAAUGCUGUAGUUGGCCAGACACAGAUUGUUCUUGACUGUGGUGAUGAUAACAUCUGCAUCCCUGAAUUGAAGCUUGCGGCCAAGGCGCGAACAGAUCCUCUCUUGAUCGGGGAUGAGAAUCCAGCUCUCCUGAUCAUAACUGCUGAGAAUUUUGGUGAAGGAGCAUAUGAGACAGAACUGUAUGUGCAUCUUCCACCUCAAACCCACUAUCAGGGUGUGCUAAGUGAUGAGGAGGGCUUUAGUCAUCUUCUUUGUGGUCCAAAAAAAGACAAUGGUUCUAUCAUUGUGAUGUGUGAACUGGGCAACCCAAUGAAACCUAACCAGAAGAUCAUGGCAGGUCUGUAUUUCAGCAUGGGUGGAUUGGAGGAGGUUGAGACCCACGUGUCCUUCCAUUUGCAAAUUAAAAGCAAGAACAGUCUGAACCCAGACAGCAACGUGGUGGAAGUGAAGAUCAAUGUUCAGGCUGUGGCUUUGCUGGAAAUGCGGGGAGUCUCCUCUCCUUCCGAGUUUGUCCUGCCAAUUGCCAAAUGGGAACCAAAAGACUCCCUAAAGAAUUUGGAUGAUGUGGGCCCACUUGUAGAGCAUGUUUAUGAGUUAAGGAACAAAGGGCCCAGCACAGUCAAGGUGAAGCUGGAGCUACGUUUCCCAGUAGAGCAGAAUGGCACUUAUCUGCUCUAUGUGUUCAGCAACGCUUCAGAGGAACUUCUGAAGUGCCACACAGACCGUUCUCAGAUCGAUCCGUUUAGGCUUGAGACAUCAGAGUUUAUUAAUACAACUAAUGAUCCUGUUCAUCAUUUUAACAAACGGGAGGUGGAGGAGCUGGAACAGGAGGACCAGGAGCUGCCUGAGUAUCCUAACAGAGCAACUGUGCAUGUGAAUUGCUCUACUGAGCCUUGUGUGGUGUUCAACUGUGAGGCUCCAGAACUACAGAGAGAUGCAAGAGCCAUUGUAAGAGUGGCAGCACGCUUGUGUGUUAAUCACUUCUUACAGAUGCCUUACAGGUAUGUGAACUAUGUCCUCUUGUCCACUGCUCACUAUGAGGUAGUGAGCAUGCUGUCCAAGAUCCAGCCAAGCAUCUUGCCUAGUGGACAAGCAGAGACAAACACCAGUGUGGUUUGGAGGCGUCCUGAUGGUUCAGAGGAUGUGCCACUGUGGUGGAUUGUGGUGUCCAUAAUUGCUGGCCUUCUCCUCUUAGCUUUGCUGAGCAUCAUCUUCUGGAAGAUUGGAUUUUUCAAGCGCAACCGUCCACCAACUGACGAUGACAGCGACGACACAAGUCAUAAGCUGAGAGAAGAAGAAUCACAAUAUGCAGAUGUCUCAAACACUAGUCCUGAAAAUGAUUAAAGAAAAUACUAAGCUUUUUACCAAAUGGUACAUUUUAUUGUGUAAUGUGUGGGCUGCUGUUCAAAAGUGUGUGAACCCUGCAUGUUGCCAAGUUUUUUCCCCACGAUGUUGCUGAAUUCUCCAUUCUGAUUCGUCAGAAUCUUAAUUCAUUAAAUUUCUAUACCCUCAGCUCAGACAGUAGAUAUAAUCCCAAUGCAAAUCACAGAUUUAUAUCAAUGUGAUCAUUGUAAUGCAUUUUAGUAAUAACAACAUAUGCAGUAUGGUGGACAUGUUUUGGGUUUUUUUUUUAUGUUUUUGAGUCUGUAAUAAUAGUCAGAGGCUAAAUUAGUUAGUGUUGGCAAACUGAUGUAGUAUAACAAGAAUGAAACACUUCAGGAUGUGCUGUUACUUGAAAAUAAUCAACUUUGUGAUGGUAACAGUAACUCUUCUCACAGAACAACCAAUAAAACAAUAUUGAACUCAA